UGCAGAAUAUGGUAAAAAACGUGAAACGAGAAAAAACGCAGAAUCAAUAUCAAAAACAGACGAUACAUUCAGGCAUUCAGAGAAAAGCGCUCAUUCACUUAGCAUAGCGGAGGAAUCAGUAUCAAAGCUACCAAUAUCUUAUCCUCUUCAUUCAAUACAUUCUUUACGGGAUGACGCUCAUAAUGUAGUAGAUAUACUUAAAAAUAACCUUCUUCAAGUAUUAGAACGUGAUGGGAAACUUGAUGAUUUAGUAGCUUGUUCAAAUGCUCUUAUGGUUGAAGCACGAACAUUUUACAAGCGAAGCACUAAUGAACCUAAAUCAGAUUAUCUUCAGACAAGAGAUUAACCAUCUAGGACGUUCGGUUUUAGAAGUGAAAGAAUAGCAUGCGCCGUCCAACAGGAUUAGGAAAAAUGGGUCUAGCAAAUUCGAACGUCCGAAAGAGUUUUUUUUAAUUUUGAAACCCGUUGACUUCUCUUAGUACUUUUUAUAACUUUUUUGUUGUAUUCGACAAUGUUCUUAGCCAUCGUCGUCGUAAAAGAUAAAGAAUACAUUUCCGUUGAAACAAGUCUUAGUAAUAAAGACAAAAGAUGAUGUACUGAAUUGAACAGUUUUGAAAAUAUGCAUUGAAAACGUAAAGAUAGAUGUUUUGCAGCUCAAAGUUCAUGCGAGAAGUACAGUGUGCAGCUUCUGCAGAGCAGGCGGACAUGUAAUUUUUACCGUCGCCGGUUCUCUUUUUUCGCAUAAAAAUACCAACACCCAGGAACUCAUAUAAAUCAAAAACAAACAAAUUAGAAAAAAUCUUUUUCCGAUCAAAAACACCUUUUCCUCUAAGCUUUGACCGAAACGUCUCUUCCACGAAAAUUCAACAUUUUAUACCCUAUUCGAUGCAGUUUAGUGCGCAUAUUUAAAUUCUUGAAAAUAAAGGUCUUUUGGAAAGCCUUUCAUAAGGACCAGGAACAUUUAUGCUAACUGUGAUGAUAGAAGCUGGAUAAAAGGAUGUUCUGGGUUUGAACAGUUGCUAACUUUCGUGCACUCACUUUACUCAACAUACCCGUUCGGCAAACCCACUAUAGAAAAAGUUUUAUUAUUUUUCUUAAAGUUAUUAGCCAAAAUUCAGAGAAACGUAGUAAUAGAUAGAAUGAGAUGUGCAGAUUUGGAAUAUAUAUUGGAUUUGCCUAUCAGUUUGCUUGGUUUUGUAAGAAUUCAUUUUCUUACCGAUGUUCGUGUUUUCAGACUAAUUUUUGAUCAGCUGUUUUUCCACCCUACAUAACUUUUAUAACAAAACGUUUUAUGCUAUUAGAUAGAGCAUGUUUCGAAGUAUAUUUAUCACUAUUUGAAAGAAAAGGUGAUUCUCGUUUUUUCACGUAAUGUCCCUCUCGAUGCGCACGGUGUAGAGGCAGCCACAAAAGUAGACAAAUCAACACAGAGGAAAGGAGUCCAAAAAGACCUGUUUUUUUCUGGAUAUCCUUGACAGAUAACCUCGAUCAACUUCCGUCACAUCAGCCCAAUCUGAUGAUGAAUUAAAUGAAAAAAUUCAAUCCUACACUAAAAAGAAAAAAAAAAGCAAAUUCAGCCCGCGAUCAGCAGAAAAACAAGUGAUAUUUCUCCAACAGAAUUCAUUUUCAAUAAUAAAUUGAAAAUUUCUUUUAGGAUGCUUAUCAUACCGAGAUACGCGAUUUAUUAUUAAUAGAUGUUACACCAUUAUCAAUUGGUAUUGAAAUAAUUAAUGGUGAAAUGGUAGCUCUGAUUCAAAGAAAUACAACAAUACCUACAAGAUGUCAAUGCAAAAUGUUUACAAAUGCUUAUGGAUACCAAACAACAGUAACUAUUAAAAUUUAUGCAGGUGAACAUCGUUUAACAAAAUAUAAUACAUAUUUAGAUGAAUUUAUAUUAGAAAAUUUAACACAAAACGUUGAUGCUCAAACAGUGAAAAUAAUCAUUUCAAUAGUUAUUGAUGCCAAUGGUAUAAUAGUAGUUGAUGCUGAAGAAUCGUCGGGAAUCAAGAAUUCAGUUACCAUAUCAAAUGGUAUUAUCUUUAAUAUUGAUUUAUUUUCUAUCUGA